AUGGCCAAUUUAGGUGUUCCAGUGAAACUUCUCCAUGAAUCUUUAGGUCAUAUCGUAACCGUAGAGUUGAAGACUGGUGAGAUGUACAGAGGGAAAUUGAUGGAAGCCGAAGAUUCAUUAAAUAUCUCCCUUCGAGAAAUAACCGUUACAGCUCGUGAUGGACGUGUGUCGCAAUUGGAACAAGUGUAUAUCAGAGGUAGUAUGAUUCGAUUCGUUAUCGUUCCUGAUCUUUUAGCCAAUGCACCCAUGUUCAAGAGAGUAGGACCCAACGCGAUGAGAGGAAGGGGUAUUGGAGCAGCUAGAGGAAGAGCUACUAUCCAAAGGGCCAAUGCUCGACGUGGUACGACAAGGACCAACCAAGGUGUCAGACGAUAG